UGAAGCACUUACUUUUUCUUUUCAUGUAUGUAGCUUGAGGCAUGACGUUUGUUGAAUUUUAGUUUUUAUAGAUGUAAACAUCAUUGUCACGUUGGAAUGACUUCUUCGUUUAUUUAAUAACGAAAAGAUUUUGACAGAUUGAUUUUUCAAGAUAGAGGGAAAUUUUCUGUAUUAUGAAUAAACAACUUUUAGAUUCUUUAUCGACAGCUGUAGCUAAUGGAAGAACAGAUAUUGUCAGAUCAAUAACUUCUGCAUGUGAAAAAAAUGGCGAAUUAUCUGAUAAUAUUACAGUUGAAGAAUUAAUAAAUAAUCCAACAACUUUAUGUGGGACUCUCUUACAUCUUGCCACAAAAUUAGAUCAUAUAGAUAUUGUGAGAACUUUAUUAUCUGCUGGAGCUAAUCCUGGAAUCCAGAAUAAUAUGGGUGAAACGCCUAUAGAUCUAAUUGCUACAGAAAGAAUGACAAAUGUUUAUUCAGAGGAAUUGCUUAAAGCUACUGCUCAAUCAGAUUUAAAUCGAAUAUCUCAACUAAUUAAUGCAGGAUUGAGCGUGAAUGUUAAAGAUUCUCCAAAUAGUGGAAAUACACCAUUACAUUGGGCAGCUUGUUUUGGUAAUAAAGAAACAAUCGAAUUACUUAUCAAUCAUGGAGCAGAUGUCAAUAUAGUUAAUUCAGCUGGAACUACUCCAUUACAUGAUGCUGUGGAAAGAGGAGAAUUACAGAUUGUAGAAAAAUUAAUAAAAAGUGGAGGAAAUUUAUUUGUCAAAGCAACAAAAGGGUAAGAUUAAAAGUAGUAUUUUAAACU